AUGAACGCAGUUUCCUUCAUUGCAGAUCACAUCUCGCCCGCUGGCGACGAGACCAGUGCAGGCGGAGUGGCUCACGACGUCGUGAACGACGUCGUGAACGAUCCAGACGACCAGAAGGCUAGCGGCGGCUCCGAUGUGGAAUUGAGUCCCGAAGAUACCCCAGCUGCUGGGGCAGCGGCCGCAAAACCCCGGAAUCGGGCUCUUUUAUGGUCCAUCGUCGUCUUCUUGCCCAACGUCUUUCUCGUGAAACCGAUCCUGUUCCUAUGGUUCAUCGUGACUUUCCCGCUGAGUUUGGUUGAAAGAACUUCCCAGGCGCGUGAACGCGUCGCUGCCGGCGGCAGCGACGCAGCUGCCACCGGUGUCGCGGCCGCCGUUGACGACGGCACUGCAGGCGUCGCAGUGGACUUGCAACAUGCAGGCUCUGUCACGAAGUUCAACACGAUCGUCGAGGAAGAAGACGACGAUCUCGCGGGAGACGAGAUGAUUCUUCAGCCCGACGCAGCCAAGGACUCUCUCACAGCAGAAGUCGGUACUCCGGCGAAACCAAACGUCGCUAAAACGACGUCGUCUACAAGAGCCAGCGUUCGAUCCGGAAGUUCUGGCGCGGUGUUGGGGUCGCGGCGCAUGGGCCGGUUCCUGUUCCCGAAAAAACUCGUUCCCCAGUCGGUUCGCACGCGCUCGAAGCGCAAAACGCUCGUCCUGGAUCUCGACGAAACUCUGAUCCACUCCAUGUCGCGCGCUACGUCGUCGAGCAAUUCCUCGCAGGCACACAUGGUCGAGGUCAAGUUCGCGGUCAGCGGCAUCUCGACGCUCUACUACGUGCACAAGCGGCCCUACUGCGACCUGUUUCUCAGCAAGGUCGCCGUCUGGUACGACCUCGUCAUCUUCACUGCGUCCAUGAAAGAGUACGCAGACCCGGUCAUCGACUGGCUCGAGGGCUCGUUUCCAGGCCGCUUCUCGCAGCGCCUGUACCGCCAACACUGCAUUCUACGCGACGGUGUCGGCUACAUCAAAGAUCUGUCGCUCCUAUCCCACUCCGCACCCACCGACGUAUUCAUCGUCGAUAACAGCCCGGUCAGCUACGCCAUGCACGUGGACAACGCGAUUCGCGUCGAAGGCUGGAUCAGCGACCCCACCGAUACAGACCUACUCAAUCUACUGCCUCUGCUACAAGCGCUACGAUUCACGACCGACGUCCGGUAUGUCCUUUCGCUCAAGAACGGUGAGCACGCCUUCACGUCCAGAUAA